AUGCGCUCGUCUCUUUUGACAUGGUCAUUAAUCUCGCUCUUCGCGCUUCCCACCUUCGCUGCUCCUUCUGACCAAACCAUCUCGACGAAACGUCUGGUGAAAAGAUCUGAGUCUGACAACUCGGCUUCGGCACCCACACUUUUUAAUGGAAUUGAGGUUCCGCCUAUGAAGGAGCUUACUCCUGAUAACUUUGAGGAAACUGUCAAGGAUGGAUAUUGGUUCAUCAAGCAAUAUUCGCCCUCGUGCCCCCACUGUAAUAAGAUUGCCCCUACGUGGCAGACAUUGUACGAGUUUUACUAUACUUCUAACCCGCUAGCCUCCACACAAUCAUCCGACACCGGAUCUUUGAACUCGUUUGAGCGUUUCUACAACUUCCAUUUUGCGUCCAUGAACUGUCUGGCGUAUGGCGAUUUCUGCAAAAAGCUGGAUGUAUUGCAGUGGCCGACAUUCUCCUUCUAUCAUGAUGGGCAGCAAGUUGAGCAAGUUGAGCGAGAUCUGAAAAGGAAAGACAUGGAAGUCUUCAGUGAAUACAUUGAAGAAAAGUUGGAAACGAUCCGGCCUGGAUCUCGCCCUGUAAAGGGCCUUAAACUUCCAGAACCCGGUGCUAAGGGAGUCGAUACGACAGCCGAGCCGGAAGCCCCGGCCGCCAAAGAUAAGAAUCCAGAGGCAGGCUCCAAAGCUGGUGAAAAACACAAUGACGAGGAUACUCAACAACCUGUCCAACGAGCGCCGGAAAAUCCACCUGAGAAAGCCGCGACUCCGAAAUCAAAGCCAAAGGUAAAGGCGCCGGUAAAUCCCCAGGGAAUCUCUGUUCCUCUCACCGCAGAAAGCUUCCAGAGGCUUGUUACCACGUCCAAAGAACCAUGGUUUAUCAAAUUCUACGCACCCUGGUGCCACCACUGUCAAGCGCUGGCCCCCAACUGGGCGCAAAUGGCCAAGGAAAUGCAACAUACUCUCAACAUUGGCGAGGUGAAUUGUGAAGUUGAACACAGGCUCUGCAAGGAUGCCCGUGUUAACUCAUUCCCAACCAUGUACUUCUUCCGCGGUACAGAGAGAGUGGAGUACAAUGGUCUCCGAGGCCUUGGUGAUCUGGUCAGCUGGGCCAAAAGGGCUGUCGAAAUUGGGUCUGGGAUUAAUGAUGUGGAUGCCGAGACUUUCAAGGAAAUGGAGGAUAAAGAAGAGGUUAUCUUCUUGUACUUCUAUGACCAUGCAACAACCUCGGAAGAUUUUGAGGCCAUGGAACGUCUUACGAUGCCCCUAAUUGGACAUGCGAAAAUAGUCAAAACAGAUAGCGCCGCCCUAGCGGAAAGAUUCAGAAUCUCUACCUGGCCGCGCCUUCUUGCUGCGCGGAGUGGACGGGCGAACUAUUUCAACCCCAUUGCGCCAAAAGAUAUGAGGGAUAUUCGGCAAAUCCUCAACUGGAUGCGGACUGUGUGGCUCCCCAUAGUUCCCGAACUCACCGCCCUGAACGCCCGUGAGCUCAUGGAUGGCAACUUCGUGGUACUUGGCAUUCUAAGUCGCAGCCGUGCUAAUGAGUUCGAGGAGUCGAAGCGCGAGCUGAAGAAUGCGGCUCUCGAGUGGAUGGAUAAACAAAUCCAGCUGUUCCAGUUAGAACGACAGGAGCUACGUGAUUCCAAACAACUGCGAAUCGAGGAGGCGGAAGACCGCAAUGACCAGCGUGCCUUGCGUGCAGCCAAGAAUAUGCACGUCUCCAUCCGCGAAGACGAGAAGAAACAAGUGAAGUUUGCUUGGAUCGAUGGUGACUUCUGGGAACGUUGGCUACGAACCACCUAUGGCAUCGAUGUGGGUAAGGGAGAGCGUGUCAUCAUUAAUGACCAGGACAACCGACGUUAUUGGGAUACCUCUUCUAGCGGUGCUUCCAUCAUGGCUUCUCGCACCUCCAUCCUCGAAACUAUUCCUCUUGUCAUUGCCAAUCCUCCCAAACUUACACCAAAAUCCACGAUCGGCGUUUUCGAGUCAGUCUUCUUCGUUUCAUCUACAUUCAUCACUGGCCAUCCUAUCAUCUUCGCCAUCAUCCUCCUGGUGUCUGUUAUUGGCGUGACAUACGUCGCCCGAGGGAGAGGGCUCAAGCGCGGAGUCCGUGGCGGAAUUCUCGGCAUUGCUGGCAAUGCUGGCGGCCUUCUCCACCUUGAUGGCAAGGAGGGGCUUCUAAAUGGAGGCUCAACCGGCAAGGUAGACUGA